GUGACCAACUUCCACCACCAUCUCAGCAGUCCCGUACAGAAAAGAAAAAAAAAAAAAAGUUCAGACACACAAUUUCCAGCCUUUUCUUUUUUUUUUCUUUUUGUUUUAAACGACUACCUAACACAAUCAAGAAAACGGGAAAGAACGCGCAAACGCCACCCCCCCUCAAAAAAUUAAAACUCUUCGCAAAAGACCCAGGACAGGGUCGAUGUCCAGGGUUGAUUUUUUUUUUUUCGCAUUUAAUUUACGUCUCUUUCCGUGAGUGAUUUGUGUGUUAGUGUCGUGAAAAAAAAAAUAUCGUGAACUUUUUUUUUUUUUUUUUUAAAAAAAAAAGAACUUUUUCUUUAAAGCGUCGCCCAAUUUUUUCGAUUUGAGAAAAAAUUCCGCACAAAAAGGGCCGAUCGUGUUGAAAUCGUUAAAAUCGGGGUGAAGAAGAAGAAAUGGAUCAUUUGACAUUGUAGUUCACUGAAUGAAUCGUCGCUUUUUUGAAAUAAUCAGUGUCUAGUGCUGAGUGGUAGCUGGCCAUUUUGUGUGUGUGUGGCUUUUUUUUUUGUCGUGUGUGUUACGGUCUGUCAAAUGGACCCGUGCUGGACUUGAUAAUCGACAUAAUCAUCUUCUCUUUUUUUUUCGCCUGUGUCCGAACAUUUUCAAACAACCCACUCCCCCCCCCCCCCAAAGACAAAGGGAGGAAGCCAAUCCAAUAAGGUUAACAAAAAAAAAAAUAAAUAAACCAAAUUAGAAAAGAAGCCAGAAAAAGAAAAAAAAUUAAAUAAAAUUUCAAAAACGGACACUGUCAAGAAAAAAAAUCGCAAAGAGAGACGGGGAAGGAAAAAGUGAGACGACAUGAAGUGGAUGAUGGCGACAGGACAGCGGCGGCUCUUGUUGGCUCUGCUGGUUGUCUGGUCGUCGAUGGCCGAGCUCGCGCUAGCCGCUAAACGGAGCAACGCAACCGCAGCUAAUGCUGGAACGUCAUCGAAUCGUCCGAGAGCAGCGACCGUCAAGACAACGACGACGACAACAUCGACGACAACGACACCCUCCAGCAUUACACCUGACGAUUGGAGGGAUCCCUACGUCUACAGCCUGUUUGAAAUCACUCUGUCGGCCAUCGAUUCGAAAUUACGACGGGUGGACAGCCUGGAACGCAACAUGGAAAUGAUGCUGGCCAAGUUGAAUGAAAACAGCGCACGAUCGGACGCCAUUUUGACUCAAUUAAAAGUCAUGGAUGGCCGUUUGAACAAAUUGUCCUCGGCAUCCGGCUCGCCGACGGCAGCGCCACCACCUGCCAGCGGCCGUAGCAGUGGCGCUACUGCAGCCAACGCAACGACAGCAUCGGGAACGUCGGAUCGCACGCAAUCCGAUCGCGAGUACAGCCUCGAGCCGCGCAUUCUGGCGCUGGACGAGAAGGUGAGCCAAAUCGGCUCCAAACUCAACGUCCUGACCUACCAGCUGGAUUCAAACAGCCUACUGUGGGCCGGCCUGGCCAACUACAACGAGACGGGCAGAGCUGGGACCGCGUCGGACGACUACGUGUCGUCGAGCAGCGAGCAGGCGCGCGCCUACAUCUCCGUGCCUCAAAUACGCGGCGAUAAAUUGAUCGACCGGAGGGGAUCCGAUUGGAGCGCCAACGGCGAAGACGCCGAAUCCAUCCGCACGACAAUGGCCAGCAUGGACCGGCACCUGAAAAUCCUCAUCGAGCUCUUCUCCGAACAGAUGGACAAGAUGAUGAGCGCCGUCGCCGACGUCCGCAGCGCCGUCGUCACGUCCCAUCACGAUCCGUCAUCGGCCUCAUCGCUCCUGCUGACAGCGGCCGAGAAUCCCGUCCUAUUGGCCGGCGGCCGCCCUUCCACCGGCAUCGGUAGCAGCACCGUCAGCAACGCCAAACUCGACCAGCUCUACCAGAAAAUGGCCCCGUUGCUCGACGUCUCCGAGAAGAUGGACCAAGUCUGGAACGUUUUGAUCGGAGCCAAGAGCUCUGUGGAUUCACUCGUCCCAACAUCCGAAGCUCUUUUAUGGCAGACGCAGCGCCAAGAGCGCGCAUUGACCGACAUCCACGCCGAACUCAACGUCAAGACGAAACAAAUCAUCGACAACUUGAAUCUGUUGCAAUUGGCGCGCGAGUCGCAGACAGCGUUGCCGGGUGUGUCCAGCAGCACGACCAGUACGAGCACGACCAGUACGAGCAGCACGAGCAGCAGAAGCACGGCCGCUGCGGGCGCCACCAGCAAUUUAACCAAACGAUCGAAAAGCGACGCGCACGACGCCGGCGUCAUCAUCGCAAACAAACCGCAAGAGUCGCAACAAGUGUCCGUCACUUUCAAGCAGACGGCCGACAUUCCGACCAGCCGCGGGGUAGUCGGAGGAUCGCAGUCCGUCAUCCGCGCCCAGGAGCUCUCCCCUGGGCCGGUCGUGGCCGCCGUUUUGGCCGCCGCUAAAUCGUCCACCACCACAACGUCAACGACGACGACGACGCCUUUGCCUCAUUUGCUGCCUCCACCGCCAGAGGUUGUUCCCAUUCCAUCGGACAUUAUGGACAGCGAAUUUCUGCACGACGAUCCCAUCGUCGUUUUAACGGCCAAUCAAACAUCGGCCGGCCCGUCGUCUAACGGCGGAUCGGCCAAAUCGGGGGACAAUAAAAAACCCUUGUCACUUCAGCCAUCGGCGGCGUCCGUCUCGGCGGCCGCGGCGGCCGUCAUAGCCGCCGCAGCGACGGCCAAUACAUCGACGACGACCAGCAGGUCCGUCCUGUUGCAGCACAUCGUUCCGGCCGGCCCUACCGAACGUUCCCGCAUCCCAAACAAUUCAAACGUCAUUUUCCCGUCGGUGAAGAACAAACCGGGUUUCACGAACACGACGUUCUUCUACGAUUACACGACUCCGCAAAACAUUCGGGGCUACUCGUGCGCCGAAUUGAAGGAGCAAGGACUGACCAAAUCGGGCAUCUAUUACCUACUCAUUCGCGGCACUAGCUUCUGGUACAUCAAGGUCUACUGCGACAUGGAAGCCGCUAAUGGCGGUUGGACGGUGAUCCAAAGACGAGACGACUACGGUGGCGACAACCGCGAAAACUUCAACCGCGACUGGGACGAUUACAAAAGCGGUUUCGGCGAUCCCGAUCGUGAAUUCUGGUUGGGAAAUGAAAACAUUUACAUGCUGACCAACGCCGAAGAUUACUCACUCCGCGUCGAGCUCGAAGAUUUCGAAGGCAACAAAAGGUACGCCGAAUAUUCGAGUUUCAAGUUGUACUCUGAGCGGGAGCAGUACAAGCUGGAGAUUGGCGGCUACACGGGCAACGCCGGAGACUCGCUGAACGAUCCCUGGUACGGCUCCAACUUGAGCCCCUUCUCCACGUACAAUCGGGACAACGACCGAUCCAGCCUCAACUGCGCCUCCAUGCUCAAGGGCGGCUGGUGGUGGAAAUCGUGCGGACGAGGACUCAACGGCAUCUACCUGACCGACCCGCAAGAUCUAACAGCCAGACAAGGUAUCGUUUGGUUCCGCUGGCGCGGAUGGGACUACACUCUCAAACGGGCCACGAUGAUGAUCCGCCCGCGACAUUAUGGCAAAGAGCCGUCAAUCAAUAACCCUCAAGAGAAAACAGCUUCGGCAUAGUUACACACAAACUAUGUUGGAAUAAAUAAAAACAAAACGCAAAAAAAAACAACAAGAAUCUGGGGAAAAUCAUCCCCAUCCAUUCUCCAAACUUCUCAACGCGAAAUUACAGUAAAUUACCGCACCCCAUCAAAAGGCAAACAGUCAUUUUGGUCAACCGAUAAACCAAAACUUUUUUUUCUCCCUCCACAGUUGCAGUAUUAGUAUCUUUUUUUAGCCACCACUGAAUGAUCAAGUCAUGAUCAUACCACAACAAAACAAAACCAAUUCCGUUUCUCAAGUAAUCCCCCCCCCCCCCUGUUUGAGCCACCGUUUGAGAGGAGGUGGCUAACUCGUUCAACACAUCGAGGCUAAAGUUUCAAAAAUAAAUCCAGAAAAGAAAAAAACGCAGAAAACGCAAAAAAAAAAAAAAAUUCCGUACAUAUAAUUACAUACACAACAUGUCCAGAAUGGACAGUAACGCUCGCUCUGGAGGAACUUAUCAUGUAAAUACCUAUUAUUUUUAAAUAAUAUUUUUCUCCGCCCCUUUCUCCUUUACUGCCCAAAUACCGAAAGAAAAAAAAAAACAUUUUUUUGUACACCCUACCCGAACACACACUGCCCUCCAACUUGCAGUAUAGAGAACUACCCAAGAGAAUUAAUUUUUUUUUUAUCACGUCCUCGUUUGUUUAUUUUUUUUUUCUCUCAAAGUGAAAGAAAAACUCCCAUCUCUGAAACAAGAUGAUAAUUAUUACUUUCCAAUGCUGUCAACGACACACACCCCACCCCUCUCUGAUUGUCCAUUUCACUUUACAUUUUUCGUUUUGAUCGAGAUUUAAAAAAAAAAAAAUUCAGUUUCCUCUUUUUUCUCGUCUUCGAUAGUAUGAAAAAGCCAUGUAAACGAAGUCUCUAUCUCUGUCCGUGUUUUGAAUUCUUCCUUUUUACCUUUUCUUGUGAAACAAAAAAAAAAAAAAAAAGAAAAAAAAAUCCUGUAGCUGUUAGUCCCCAUGGUGAGGAGGUUUGCAAAGUGUUAUCAACACUCGAGCAGUUUUCUUACGUCCACAUUCUCAUUAUCUUUAUCUGUCACUCCAAUUUUUUUUUCUUUUUCCUGUCUCUCUCCCUAUACCAAACGGGUGUUUGAAAUCAUGUGCUGGGCACUUUUUUUUUGUGGAAUCUUCCAGUUGAUAUAUAAUAAACGUAUAAUCUCUCCAAA